AGGAAAUCCCGGGCAGCUGCUUGGGAGCCUCCUCGCCUUUCCUCGCCUCUCCUCGCCUCUCCUCCUCGCCUCGCCUCGGCACCGAGGCGAGCCGAGCCAGCCCUGCGUGUGUGUGCACGCGUAGGCGGGGGGGCUGCCGCAUGGAUUUAGCGAAGGCUGGGAGGGAACACAUGGGUUGGGGUUUUUUCCCUUGUCCCGCGGUGGGUGUCCGUCCGUCCUGCCAGCCGCGGUUAUGGAUUCGAUCAUUAUUCAGGAGCGGUUAGUGGAGCGGCUGCUGUCUCCCCGGACGCAGGCACAGCGAAGCCACCCAGGCAAGCUGAAGGACCAUGAGAAGCAGUACGUGGGCUUUGCCACCCUGCCGAACCAGGUCCACCGGAAAUCCGUGAAGAAGGGUUUUGACUUCACCCUGAUGGUUGCAGGAGAGUCGGGUCUGGGCAAAUCCACGCUGGUGAAUAGCCUGUUCCUGACAGACCUCUACAAAGACAGAAAGCUCCUCAAUGCAGAGGAGAGGAUCAACCAGACAGUGGAGAUCAUCAAGCACACGGUGGACAUUGAGGAGAAGGGUGUCAAGCUGAAGCUGACUAUAGUGGACACACCAGGCUUUGGAGAUGCUGUUAACAACACGGAGUGCUGGAAGCCCAUCACUGACUACAUUGACCAGCAGUUUGAGCAGUAUUUCCGUGAUGAGAGUGGCCUGAACCGGAAGAACAUCCAGGACAACCGAGUGCAUUGCUGCCUCUACUUCAUCUCUCCCUUUGGGCAUGGGCUGAGGCCUGUGGAUGUUGAGUUCAUGAAGGCUCUGCAUGAGAAGGUCAACAUUGUGCCACUGAUUGCCAAAGCCGACUGCCUGAUCCCCUCUGAGAUCCGGAAGCUAAAGGAGAGGAUCCGGGAAGAGAUUGACAAAUUUGGCAUUAAAGUGUACCAGUUUCCUGAGUGUGACUCUGAUGAAGAUGAGGAAUUCAAGCAGCAAGACAGAGAGCUGAAGGAGAGCGCUCCCUUCGCCGUCAUCGGCAGCAACACUGUGGUGGAGGCAAAAGGCCAGCGGGUCCGUGGGAGGCUCUACCCCUGGGGCAUUGUGGAAGUGGAAAACCAGGCCCACUGUGACUUCGUGAAGCUGCGGAACAUGCUGAUCCGGACACACAUGCACGACCUGAAGGACGUCACUUGCGAUGUCCACUACGAGAACUAUCGAGCUCAGUGCAUCCAGCAAAUGACCAGCAAGCUGACUCAGGACAACAGGAUAGAAAGCCCCAUUCCUAUCCUGCCUCUCCCAACACCAGACACUGAGACAGAGAAGCUGAUUAAGAUGAAGGAUGAGGAGUUACGGCGGAUGCAAGAGAUGCUGCAGAAGAUGCAGCAGCAGAUGCAAGAUCAGUGAGAGGCAGGUACCCAGAGGGCAGAGGGGAUCCCCCAGUGACCAUCUGAGACCUGACAAGAGCUGAGAACGUUUAGAAAAGGUUUCCUAUUGUAUAGAGACUUGUGGGCAAGAGCUGCACCCGCACCCUCUAAUUUAUUAGCAGCAGUGCUGGCUUUUUGACCAGCUGGAUUGUGGAGGAGGCUGUUCACUUAACAGUUUACUGAUGUGUAUUUCUUUUUUAAUAAUUAUUCUUUCAUUUCUUUUUUUUCCCCUUUUUUUUUUUUUUAAAGAAACUAGUCUGGGACGUCUCUAAGGCAUCCUAAAAAAAUAAGAAAAGAAAAAGAUCCCCCUGUCCUAUGUACUAAUCUCUUGUUUGGGAAUGCUCUGGUAUUUAAAGUCCUGGUUUCUCUGGUGUACAAGCUUAAAGAGUAUCUGUGUCAUUGCACGUAAGUGUUUAUCCCAACUGAGGUGCUGUGUCCCUGUCUCUGUUCCCCUUGUCUGGGGUCAGCACAAGCAUUGUAAAGGCAGCCAUACCCUCCUGUGAGUUUGACCUGUGCUGCUUGGGCUUCUCAGCCUGGGGACAGUGCUGGCCCAGGGAACUGGGGCUAGGGGUUUCUCUGUGCACUGACCUGUUCAGGAGUCUUGAUGAUUGCCUGGUAUCCUGUUCAGGGUUUUCUGGGUUUUUUGUUGAGUUGAUUGGUUUUGUUCUUCCUAUCAAGAAAACUCCAGGAUGUUUGCACUGAACAGCAAGAGACCGAGUGCCUCAAAGGCUAGUUAGAGACAAACUGUUCUCAGUUACAUCUUUCUGGCAGAGAGGUUGACUUGUUGAUUUCUGCAAGGAGAUGAUGGGAGUGAGCACCUUCCCUGCCAUGGUUUCCUCCCAUAGCAGUCUGGAGGCAUUGGUAGAGGAACCCUAAGGCCCUGCAGUAGCUGGCUGAGGGUGUUUCAUUAUUUAGCUCUACUCAUCAGCUGCAGUGUGUCUUCAGUGUCUGCUCUGAAAAGCACUGUGGCAUCCAGAGCACUUGGCCAAGACUGCUUUGGAGAGAGUAUAAACCCUAGGGCUGAAAUCCAAUCCCAAAUGCAGACCUGUCCCCUGCCCCCAGGCUUUGCAGUCCCAUGAGCACAUUGCUGGCUCCAAGCUUCUCCUGGGGGAAGGGGCAGUUUUUGUAGGCUUAUAUCUGAGAUCUGCAGGCAGUCUGUGUGGGCAGGUGUUGGGUCAGCCUGGCAGGUGCAGGACUGUCAUUGAGUGGGGCUGAGCACAGACCAGCAGGCUUGUCUCUUGCUCUCCUGCCUUUCCCCUGGGCACUCAGCCCUUCUCCCCCUCCUUAUUCCUUGGCUCUUCCUGCCCUAGUGCUGGGAAGGCUGGUGGAUCUGCUGGGCAGAGAUAAAAGCACUCUUUGGGCAGCAGCUCCUGUCCUGUUCUUGCUUCCUGCAGUAUUUUUAACUUGAGUCCAGCCAGAGUGUGAUGUGCCUGACAGGGCAGGGCUCACCAGCAACACUGCCACGCUCACAGGAGUCAGGGUUGUUGCAGGGAGAGACACUUGGCUCUUCCCUCUGACUCCAGGGAGUGCAGCCAUGGGCUGGGCCCUUCUUCUUGGCUCACUCCUCUGUCCCCUUUCCCCUUUUGUAUCUCCUCCUCCAUCUCUGGCUCUCCUCAGUAAUUCUCCCUGGGUAGGAAGCACAGUGUUGGCCAGGAAUAGCCAGGCUCUAGAUUCUGUAACUAGGCACUGCAUUUGUCUGAUUCCUCCCUGGGGCUUUAGAGUUCCAGUCAGGGUUUGUCCAGUUGUUCUUUUCUUACACUAAUCUUGGUGAGGAGGAUGUUCUGUUGCAAAUGAGCCCUGUCCACUUGGAGAUUUUUCUCUUUCAAAUAGAUUCAUUCCUAGAAGAUAAAGGAGACCUUUUCCCUUUAGCAUGGACAUAGAGCAGCUGCCACCUUUCAUGCUGUUUUGUGCACAGAGGUGCUUUGUGCUGGUGAAAGGACAGGGUACACUGGUCACAGGCAGGCAGGGUUCUGAGGGUGGAUCUGCCCAUCCCUCCACGUGGGGAAGUCUCCAUCACCUCAGUGCACAGGCCUCCUACAUCCAGUCAAGCCUGUCCUCUACAAAGAGCUGAAGCCUUUGACUAAGAGCUGGCAAAGAUGGUUCAAGUUGCAUUUAGGAAGAAACACAUACGAGUGAGGCACCAGAGAUGGCUUCUACAGAAGGGUGGUGGUACCACUGAAAUCUCGUCUCUGCCUAGGAGAUUCCCUGCCCUGAGUGCCAGAAUUUGGGGACGGCUUGGAAGGGGAUUAGACACUGAUUUUGGGAGACAUCAGGGGUUCAGAUUCUGGCCUGGAAGGUGGAAUCUGUUUAUUUAAGGAGUGUGUUGUACUGUGGCAUCAAUUCUCACAGUAAGUGGAGAAGAGACUCCUGGGAGCUUGGCCACAUGGCUCUGGCAGUGAGAAGUGUGGACAGGAAAGUAAUUUACCAUCUCCCCUCAUGCAACCCUCCACAACCUCACAUGUGAUCCCUGCACCCCCUAGCACAUUCCCAUGCCUCUGCCAAGCUUUGCCCUGUUGAGUGAGUGGCUGCAGGGAUGAUUUUCCACUCCACAGCUAUCCCAGGCUGCAGCUGGGGCUGUUGGUACAUCUUGGCCCCUGUGCCUGACAGGAUGGAUCCAUGGCAUGAACUCCUUGUGUGCCCUGCUGUGCUGGUCCUGCCUGUGCAGUCCUUGCUGCCUCCUUGCAUGCCUCCCCUCAAAGAAGGGGCUCCCACUCCUCGUGCUCUGCAAUGGCAUUCCCUGCCCUUCCUCACAAACUCUGCUGUGCUUUAAUUCUGGCUUGCUCCUGCCAUGCAUCUUCCUCACCCCCUGCUCCAUUCCUAGGCUCUGUGUUUCCUGUCCAUCUGUUGGGUUAUUAUAAUUAUAUUUUUUGUAAAUUUCUGUUUGAACAUUUUGUCAUUGUGAACAAAGAAAAUGAAACCUUUUAAACAUAUCCAUUUUAUUAAAUGAUUAUUGUUAUUAUUAUUAAUGUUUACUACCUGAAUUGAUCAGUGAAAUAAAUACAUUCAAAAAUCCAA